AUGCAUAUCAGUGUUGAGUGGGCGUUCGUCAUGGUGGUCGGACAAACACAUGAUUCUUACAUUUGGCAUUCAUUGCGCAUAUUUGGCGGCACUUUGAUUGUACUCAUGAAAUCAGCUCAAGAUAUAUCUGGUCAUCUCCCAGCUCCAAAGCCGCCUGGCUUAUCACCAUCGCUACGUUCUCCCAUGAGGAAUGUAUCCCCGAGGCUUGGAAUACGAGCCCCCGAAAGCUGCAGUUCUUCUCCACUUUGCACUGGUUUCUCCACAAGAUGUUCUUCCAACGACGCCGUUCACCUGAACUGGUUGCGUGAAGAAGCCGAGUGGGAGAAAUGUUCUCUGAACCCAUCUGUGGCUCGUUACGUGAAGACACGAAACAUUAUCGAGCGAAACCGUCUUAACGCGGUACACAUGCUUUUGGACAGAGAGCUCGAACGGGAAUUGAAACGCAUCGCCAUCGAGAGAAAAGAAUUUGCCGACGUAUUUGAUAAUAUCAAGCAACGACGUAUGAAGAGUCAGGAGAGGAACGUUCGUCGGGGACAACGUCUACGCACAAGUUCAGGUGAUUAUCCAUGUCAAUCUGAUUCACAUUUCGUAAAUCCAGUUGCGGGAAAGUGGCAGCCAAUCCCGUCUCAACAAUGGUCACCACACAUCUCACCAGGAUCCACUUCACGUGGGUGGGAUAGGAUACGUACAAACCACGAUUUGAUGGGUACGGUCAUGUCCUCGCCUGACUUACACCGUCCGAAGAGGCCCGAAAGUGGGUCACAACUAGAUCCAUCCAUCAAAACCAACUUGCCCGAGUAUUCCUUACCGAGAACUAAUCAGAAGGACGGAGCUUCCAGAUUUCCAGACAACACAAAGCGACUUGUCGUGAACACAACUUCGUCGAAUCUCUCUCCAUCAACCGGUCUCAAUAUCCAGCACACCGAAGAUGGAAACGCAAAUGAAACUUAG